AUGGAGUCGGGGAAACGCGAAGUACCCAGAGCUGAGCGAAUAACGGUUACAGUGCCCAGCGAUCCGCGGACAGAGAAAUUCAAUAGACACACGGCGGGCAGCGUCAAGCAAGCAUCAAUAACACACACGUACACGCAUCAGGGGCAGCAGCACCAGCACCAGCACCAGCAGAAGGAGCAUACCAAGCGGUACAACUCGUCAGCGCGGCGGCGGCAGCCAGGCGCUGACAUUACGGGACGGGAUGGAUAA